AUGCCUGCACUGGCUGCACUGGGCCGAUCUUGUCUCUAUUUUCAGCAUCGACCCGUGGCUCUUUGCUCCAACCCCCUCCGCUUCUGCCAGCCUGGCGUGCCUGACCCGGCCAAUUUUCAUCCAGGGUCUUCUUCCAAGCAAGUCUCCACCAUCCCCCGGGCCCCUCGCAGUAUUCGUCAUUCUCCCCGGCCCCGUCCGAGAAUCCGGAUUCCACAGCGUUUUCCAGAACUCGGCAUUCGUCGUCGCUCCACGGCGCUCUACUACCUACCUACUUUGUAUGUAUACGUACGGAUGCAAUAG